AUGGCGUGCGUUCGGGUGGCUGUGCGAGUUCGACCCCUCAACAAGAGGGAAAAGGAUCUGUCCUCCAAGGAUAUCAUUCGCAUGGAGGGAAAUAAGACCUGCAUCAUCAAUGCUAAGGUAUGGCAGGGCCGCGCUACCAAUUCAUCAGAAGAGAGGCGGAAGUCAUUCACCUAUGAUUUUUCAUAUGACUCCAGCAAUGAUGAGAAUCCUAACUUCACGACUCAGGAUAAGGUCUUCACCGACCUGGGUGGUAACGUUCUGGCGGCCGCCUUUGACGGCUACAACGCCUGCGUCUUCGCCUACGGCCAGACCGGCUCGGGAAAGUCCUACACCAUGAUGGGCAACACGGGUGACGCGGGUCUGACCCCUCGUAUUUGCGAGGGCCUCUUCAGCCAGAUCGCCCAGCUGUCCCUGGAUGACCACGCCUCCUUCCACACUGCAGUCAGCUAUCUGGAGAUCUACAACGAGCGCGUGCGAGAUCUGCUGUGCAGGAGGACACCGGAGGCAAGCAGCUUACGAGUCAGGGAGCACCCUAAAGAUGGCCCCUAUGUAGAGGGCUUGUCCACACAGCAGGUGAGCUGCUACAGUGAUGUGGAGGCUCUGAUGGAGAGGGGCAAUGGCAGCCGCGUCACCGCCAGCACAGCCAUGAACCAAACCAGCAGCAGAUCCCACGCCAUCUUCACCAUCCACUUCAGACAGGCCCGGUUCGAUGCGGAGCUGCCCAGCGAGACCACGAGCAAGAUCCACCUGGUGGACUUGGCAGGCAGCGAGAGGGCCGACGCCACCCGGGCCACAGGCACCAGACUCCGGGAGGGCGCCAGCAUCAAUAAGUCACUGGUGGUACUGGGCAACGUUAUCUCCACCCUGGCGGAUGCGAGCAUGUCCGGGGGCUCUGUGAUGAAGAGGAGGGGCUGCUUCAUCCCGUACCGCGACUCUGUGUUGACCUGGCUGCUCAAGGACAGCUUGGGGGGGAACUCCAAAACCAUCAUGAUUGCAACCAUCUCUCCUGCUGAGGUGAACUACGGCGAGACCCUGAGCACGUUGCGCUACGCCCAGCGGGUGAAGAGCAUCGUCAACCAGCCCACCGUCAACGAGGACGCCAGCGUCAAGAUCAUCCGCCAGCUGAGGCAGGAGAUCGCCCACCUCAAGGCCAUGAUGUCGGAGACGGGAAAAAAGUCUGAGGUGUUCCCUGUGGGCCCCCGGCAGGUAGUGAAUGUGGAGGAGAAGCUGCAUCGUAAUGAGGCUCGGGUCCUGCAGCUGACCCAGGAAUGGACCAACAAGUGGAGGGAAACGCAGAUCAUUUUAAGGGAAGAGACUGUGGCCCUGAGGAAGGAGGGUAGUGGCGUGGUACUGGACUCCGAUAUGCCCCACCUGAUUGGCAUUGAUGACGACCUCCUAAGCACCGGGGUCAUCCUUUACCGUUUACCCGAGGGCAGGACGGCGGUGGGCCGAGCGGACGCCACUACAAAGCAGGACAUCGUGCUGGAGGCUGCGGGUGUCCUGAGGGAGCACUGUGUGUUUGAGAACCGAGAGGGGGCCGUCACAUUGGCUCCUCUCCCCGGAGCUGCCUGCUCGCUCAACGGAACCCAGCUGACGGGCCCCUGUCAGCUCACACAAGGUGCAGUGGUGCUUCUGGGGACUUGCUCCACGUUUCGCUUCAACCACCCGAAAGAGGCCGCCGUACUGCGGCUGAGGAGGCAGAACGGCCUGCUGUCUAACAAAGACCUCUCUGGGUCGUCUGAGAGGCUGUUCAAAGCCAUGCUGCACCACUCGGGGGAGUACUUGAAGAAAGGACAGACUCUGGAGUCUGGUCCUGGACAUGGGGAGCUGGACGACAUCGAUAGGAGGUUGAGAAUGGAGGAAGAGGAAGAGGAGAGAAAGAGGGAAGAGGGAAGAGAGAGAAAAGAAGAGGAGAAAGAGGUGGAAGAGGAUGGAGAGGAAGAAGUUGGCGCCAGUGUUGCAGUGCCACUCUUGCUAGAGGACCGUUGCCCUCGGCAACAUCAGACACAGCAGCAUCAGGACCAGCAGCCUCAGCAUCAGGACCAGGAGGCUGAUGAGAGGACGGCUGGGCUGAGAGAUGAUGCUCAGGGCAGGGCUCAGCCUGGACCACCAGGUGUUAUUCUGAAUGAAGAUGCGUCUGAAGACACAAGCACCCAGCAGCAGCAGCAGCAGCAGCAGCAGGGGGGAGAUGAGAGGACAGCAGAGCUGAGAGAUGGUGCUCAGUGUGAGGGUCAGCCUGACUGCAACGGACCACCAGGUGGUGUUCUGAAUGAAGAUGCGCCUUUCUCUGGGGACACAGGCACCCAGCUGAGCUGUGUGACUAAUGGGCUGGCUGAAGAGGAGGAUGUGGAUGUGGAUGUGGAUGGGCAUGUGGUGACGGAGGAAGCCUCAGCCCAAAGAAGAAGCAGCAAUAACAGCAGCAGCAGCAGCAGCAGCAGCAGCAGUCUGGGAUGUGGAUCCCCAGCUCCAUCCCUCAAGCUGGUCCCCUUCCGUGCCCCAGAUGGUGUGUCCUCAUUCCCUCCUCCCCAGGAUGAUGUCGUGGAGGAGCACGAGGAUGAAGGAGCUGCUCCUGGAUCCUCCUCCUCCUCCUCCUCCGCCCCUCUAUGCCCACCUGUGGAGAGCACUGGACCCACCACGGCAGCCCUCCUGACAGAUGAAGGAGGCGCAUCUCAAAUGUCCUCCUCCUCCUCUUCUUCGUCCUCCUCCUCCUCCUCAUUUGCUGCUUUCCUGUCUUCGCACCCCUCCUCCAUCCACUCCUCCAACACUUCAUCCACCUCUUCCUCCUCCUCCUCCGUCGUCUUCUCUCCCCUGUCCUCUCCGGAGCAGCAGCAGCAGCAGCAGCAGGACUGGCCUUGUCAUAAAUCAACAGCCGGUGCCCAGACGUCAGAGGAGGCCUCGUCAGCGGAGGCGUACCGGGCGCCGGAGGGAGAGAAGCAGCAGCAGCAGCAGCAGCAGAGGCAGGGAAGGGGAUGGCAGGCCGAGCAGGAGCAGGAGCCCAACACAGGCACCCCGACGCCCACGCCGGCUGAUGGAUCCGGGUGGGGUGCGGCAGGGCCCGGCCCGGCGGCAGGGGCACCUAACGAGCACCCAGGCCCCCCGCCCCACGGCCGCGCCGGCCCCUUACUGCAUGCCGCUGGCUCUGGAGGGAGCUCGUUAGUGGGCGAGUCGCAGCUCGGCAACCUUUCGGAAGGCGGUGAGGCCGUGGGAGGGAGAAGAGCGGAGGGGGGAAGAAGGGAGUUGUCUCUCCCGCUAGCUAAUGUUCUUCCUCCUCCUGCUCCCUCUUCUCCUCCUAGUCUUUCGCCUCCUCCUCCUCCUCCUCCUCCUACUGCUCUGGUUGUCGAACCCCAUGUGGUGCCGAAGCCGGAGCCUGCAGACAAGCUUGCCGUCGAGGUCCAAUUUAACCGCGGAGUCCUGUCCUCGCUGUCUGUGCAAAGCACCCAGGCCCAUCAGCCAACGGAUCAGCCCCACACAGGCAGUGCAACCACCACCACCAGCAGCACCUCCACUUCUGGCCCCGAUUCCAACUCGGCUGCUGCGCCUGGUGGUGGUGGUGGUGGGGGCAUGGUGGGCUGGAUGUCCUGCGUGUUGAAGGACGCUGCCCAGCGUCACCUGCCCAGUGCCCCGCCGCUCCUGCAGCAGGCGGCCCCCGGCCUGGCGGGGCUCUACGCCCAGGUGUGCUCUCUGGCCAAGGAGGUGCCCCUGCUGCAGCAGUUGAAGCUGGAGCUGACCUUUGCCCCCGAGGCCACCCAUGCGGCGGCGGAGGCCAGGGACCUCGGGCUCGGGGGUGGUCAGCUGCGAUCCCACAGCCAGAUCCCUGAGCUGCUGUCCUCCUCCCCCUCUCCAGAAACGCGCCCUGAUGGAAACUCAAAUAUGGCAUUGGCGUUGGCUGAUGGGCUGAGGGCGUGUAAGGAACUAACGUCCCUGCUGCAGCCGAGUCCGGAGCUCCAGGGCCUCUGUGAGAACCACCAGGACUUGAGCUACCAGGGACAAUCGCUCCAGAGUAGUGGUGAUAUGGCCAACAAGAGAGGCUUACCCUGGCACGGUAAUGCAGAAACGCAGAGUACAAAUCCUGCAGGCCCCACAGGUCCCCCCAAAAUAAACUCGCUGACUGGGACUUCAGAAGACAAUGGCACGGCACAGGAUGUCAGCAGCCCGGCAGCAGCAGCCUCCCCCUGGGCAUCGUCCAUGCAGGUGUGGGCCCAGAGACUGGUAGAGUUCCCCCCUCCCUUGCAACACCUGCAGUCCCUCCCCGUGGACCGCCUGUUGCCCUGUCUGCUGGGCGUGCUGCCGGAUGGGGCUCUGGUGCUCUCCUCCGGGCGGCCUCUGGCUCUCUGCUGGCUCAGCGUCGGCACCUGCUCCCACCCGGAGCCCCAACCAGCCCUCGCUCUCCUCCUGGAGUCUGGCCUCUACACCUUCAAGGCAGCAUGCACACAGUGCAGCCAGGCCUCUGGUUGUAGUCACCAGUUGGCUUCGCACUGCCUGAGUGUCUUCCACCACCUGCCCUUUGCCCAGCUGAGGGACAUCCACGUGGGCUUUGCUGGCCUCAGCCUGAGGCUCAUGGGCACCACGGCAGCACACCUCGUGACUCUGUAUACCCACAGCGCGACACUGACCCAGGAUCUGUGCCGCAGCAUGCUGUCCGUGGUGGCUCAGGGGGAAACGGAUGUAGACAAACACCCCUUGCUGACCGGAGACCUGCUGCGGGUGGCGCUGGACUGGGCGUCUCCUCACACACCGGACCUGCUCCUUGCCGCCGGGUUGCGGGUUGGUAGCUGCUUCCCGAGGAGCCUGGCGCAGCUGGUGUGCCUGCUGCACGGCAACAUGAAGGGCCGACGGCCGGCGCUGGCACAGGUGCGGCUACUGCUCUAUGCCACCGUCCUCCUCGUGCACCCUUUGGCGCCCGUUGCCCCCAAGUCCCACAAAUCUUACGCCAUCGUGGGGAUGGACGCCUCGAAGGAGGUGGAGGAGGAAGCGUCAGCUGACAUGGUCCAGUUCUUCCUAACGGACACCCACCUGGGGCUGGUGAGAGAGGACGCCGUCUUCUACCCGCCUCCGCGCUCCUUGUCGCUGGCGCCCAGCCGCCCCCAGUUCAGCCUGGUCCAGCUGCGUGGCCGUGACGACGUGCGGUGUGUGGUGGUCAAGGAUGCCACCCGGCUGGAGGUGGUGCUGGCACACCCCGACUCCACCACCAGCGGUGGGCCUCAGGGGGGCCACCACACCACCACCACCACCACCACCACCACCAAUGCCACCGGUCACACCCCCGGUCGCACCAGGACCAGCAUGCUCUGGGCUGAGCUGGAGGACUCUUCCCAUCAUCCAUCUGUGCAGGCCGAGGUGUGGAAAUUAAGUUUCGCCGGCGCUGCCGAGGCCUCCUGCCUGAUUAAUUACUUGUCAGACAGCUGAUCGCGGGGAAGCUCCAAGCUCAGAGGCGAAUAAUUAAUCCAGCCGGAGGAUGUGGA